AUGGACGCCGUGCUAGGCUACAGAUCGGACAGCGACGACGACGUACCUGUUGGCGGCGCUGUUGCGCAAACACAAGUGCCAGAUAGUCACUCGGUUUUAUAUGCGCCAUCACCUAGUGAUGAUGAGAGCGAUAGCGACGAAGACGUGGGGGCAGAUACGUUUGGACUCCAGCGCAGCGAACCGCAGUUCUCUAGCGCACGGCGUACCGUUCCUUUGGCAGCGGAUGUCAUGACAGAAUCAAUCGCACCGCAAGUUGCAAAAAAGGUACGUUGCGCGAUGAAUGCACUCACACAGGCACCUGAUGCGCUGAUCGUCGCACAAGCGGAAGAAACGUCGAUGGCCCUCGCGCCGGGCGUGACCAAAACCCUGUCUGGCUACGUCGAGGAGACGACCAUGGCCGACUUUGAUUUUCGGAAUCAGCAGCGUACAUUUGAAAUGCUCGGUUACGCACACAACCCUAGCGUUUAUGCAAACGGCUCGCAAGAUUAUGUAGGAAACCGUUUUGCAGCGCAGCAGGCUGGCGGCGCUACUAUGGCAGAGCUGCGCGGUGAAAAUGCAACACGACGUGCUGAAUCUCGCGCUAUGAAGAAACGACGCAAAGGAACGACGGGCGAUGCGUCUAUUGUGGAUGGCCCCGGCGCCUACGUCGGCCCUUGGGGCGGCUGGGAAGGCGAGCAGGGCGAGCCCGUACCACAAGAAGCGGUUGGCCCCACCGCAGACGAGCUGCAAGCGGUCGAGGAAAGUGCAGAGAAGCGUAAACUAGACCUCGGCAAGCUUACGAGGCGCCGCGAACUGGACGAGGUGCGUGGCACAGAAAAGAGCAUCUUCCACGGCGCAUCCAUGCACGACUACCAAGGCCGUACAUUUAUGCAUAUCCCUACCGAUGCCGACGUAAAUCUGAGGGGCGAACCCGGCGCAUUGCAAAGCUAUAUACCCAGUACAUGUGUGCGUACAUGGACCGGUCAUACAAAAGGUAUCAGCGCCUUGCGACUUUUCCCAAACAGUGGACACAUGGUCUUAAGCGGGAGUAUGGACACAAAAAUAAAACUUUGGGAUGUGUAUCGUGAAGGAGGUGUGCUGCGAACGUAUCUUGGACACGCCAAGCCGAUCAGCGACGUAUCGUUUAGCCCCGACGGCCGACAGUUUCUCUCGGCUGGGUUUGACCACUGGAUAAAGUUGUGGGACACCGAAUCAGGAGUGUGUUUGAAAUCGUACCUGCUGGACAGUGUGGCGAACUGCAUCUGCUUCCAUCCCCAAAAGCCGCACAUCUUUCUUGCAGGCACGAGCGAUAAAAAAAUUCUCCAGUACGACACAACUACGGAUCAGGUUACGCAAGAGUACAACCAGCACCAAGGCCCUGUGAACACCAUUACUUUUGUCGAUGAGGAUAAACGGUUCGUCUCGACAAGUGACGACAAGACGAUGCGUGUGUGGGACUUUGACAUUCCCGUAGUGGUGAAGCUUGUGGCGGACCCAUCGAUGCAAUCCAUGCCAUCCGUGGCGUUGCAUCCCGAUCAGAAAUGGCUUGCUUGCCAAUCGAUGGAUAACCAAAUGCUCGUGUACAAUGCGGACAACUUUAAGCAAAGUAAGCGGCGCACGUUUAGAGGCCAUCAAGUACAGGGUUUUGCGUGCGAGAUUGGCUUCAGUCCCGACGGGCGCUUUGUCUCCUCAGGGGACCGCCAAGGCAAUCUCGUAUUUUGGGAUUGGAAGUCGGGUGGGCUGCUCAAGCGGUUGCCUUGCCACAAAGACGUGCUCAUUGCGCACGAUUGGCUCCCGCACGAGACCUCGAAAGUCGUUACGGGUGGUUGGGACGGUCUCAUACGACUGUGGACAUAG